ACAGGACCAGGAAAUUCCUUCCCCAGGCAUAGAGUGGUGAGACAGGGCCCAAUGAGAAGACAGUGAGUUGGGACAAGUGCAGCACUGCUGGGCUAGUGGAGGGAAACGUGUUCUUCUCUCAAUAUAUCUCAUAGCAGCACUACAUUCCCCUUGGGGGGGAAUUCCUGUUCAGUCCCAAUGGGUUUCGAGGUCCUACUGGAGCAUGUUGGAGUCCUAGGAAGAUUCCAGAUCCUUCAGCUACUUUCUUUUUUCAUCAUAAUUCUUAUAGCAUAUCCCCACGUUCUAUUGGAGAACUUCACGGCAGCCGUGCCUGAGCACCGCUGCUGGGUGCGCAUCCUCGACAAUGACACGCUCUCUGACAAUGGCACUGGGCUCCUCAGCCAGGAGGACCUCCUGAGAAUCUCCAUCCCACUCGACUCCAACCUCAGGCCAGAGAAGUGCCGGCGCUUUGUCCAUCCCCAAUGGCAGCUCCUCCACCUGAACAGCACCUUCUGGAACCUGAGUGAGGCAGAAACAGAGCCCUGUGUGGACGGCUGGGUGUAUGACAAAAGCUACUUCCACUCCACUAUUGUCACUGAGUGGGACCUAGUAUGUGAGUACCAGUCAUCCAAAUCUAUAGUUCAAGUAGUAUUUAUGAUUGGGUCACUGCUGGGAGGUCUGGUAUUUGGCCAUCUUUCAGACAGGUAG